AUAAAACAAAACAAAUCGUUUCCUCUUUUCUCUCAACCAUGAGCCAGUAUCUUCAUCUCCAAAAUUGCCUCCCCUGCUCCCUCAAUACAUCAGCAACCCUAACAUCACCCCAUCUUUUCCUCCUCUCACACGACAGCCUCCAACCACAACCACACCCCUCCAUCCGACGCCGGUCAUACCGCACCACCGUCUUCAACCGCCGGCUGCCGCCUGAACCGGCAACCCACCACAGUCGAACGACUGCCGUCGUCGGUCACCUGUAUCACCCUUCUACGUCACCGCCAUCAAGUUGUUGAUAUGCGGACGAAGAAACGACAUGGCGAAACCGCUUCGCCAUUGCCACCCGCAAAGCGUGCAAACAAAAAGUCUUCAAGUCACGCCUCGUCUCCUAGAGGUAAAAAUGAGAAGGAAAAGUCACAAACCCUUAAAGAAAAAGAGAAGCUGGCGAUUCUUAAGGAGCGGGAUUUAUGUAACACCAAGUUCGCACAUGAAGAAUCACUGAAAGAUCUUGGUGUGCUAGAAGGUGUGAAGACAUUGUUUGACAACAUCGGUUGGGUAAAGUUACUGGAAUGGUUUGAUGUUGGCUACGCACCCACAACCGUUGAAUUUCUGAGUUCUCUUUACCUCGAGGAGGAGGAACUACACUUCCAUUUGUUUAAAAAGGCGUGCGUUCUUUCAACGAAUACUAUUUGCCGGAUGAUAGAUGCUCCCACCGCGGAAACCUUCGGGCCUAAUGAUCCAACUCAUGUUGACUAUCAGGCUAAGGCAUUUUGGAGAUCUAUCACGAAAGAGGAAAAGUAUGACACCGGUAGACUAAAGGCCACGCACAUCAUCCAUCCAGUGUUACGGGUGACGCACAGACUGUUAUCCAACAUCAUCGACAGUCGUCAUGACACUGGAAAUGUCACCCAACAGGAGCUGUAUUUGUUAUGGUGCAUGAUCCAUCCGCAGUCUUCACGACCCAAUUUUGGGAAGUAUUUGUGCCACAAGUUGUUGCAAGUUUCCAAUGCAACAAAAGGAAAAAUUUGUUGCGGGUCUGUGAUCACCAUUUUGGGCCGCCAUAAAUCCUUAAAUCUUCGGUUUCCGCAAAACAUGGGCGAGUUAAAAGGUUAUCAGUACCUAGACAUGGUUCAAUUAGCUAAAAUGAAGUUAUUCGAGCUAUCGGAAAGGGGCCCCGGUAUUCGUUGGUUAAAGGGCACGAGGAGAACUGUCUAUAUCACCGAAUCAAAUCAGGACAUUUUAUCCUUAGAAAGCCCAGUUGAAGAAACAAAUUGGACACUUGAUUUUGAAGAUAUUGAUUCUGAAGCAGAUGUCGAUUCCGAGGAUGCUGAUACUGGGGAUGAUGCUCAAGACCAAAAUGAGUAUAUGGCUCGAUUCAACACUGUCGAUACGGAGCUCACCAGCUUACGGGCUGAAGUGGUUCACCUUCGUGGUGAGCUUACUGAUCAGCGAGCGAUGCUUCGUCUCAUGUAUGCUCAUCAGCGUGAGAUGGGCCGCACCACCGUCUCUCUCCGUGACCACAUAGAGCGACUUGGAUCUCCACCACCCACGCCGCCUUUGUAGAUGCCUUCCACAUAUUUCUCCGAGCCUCGAGGACGAUGCUACAUCUUAAGCUUGGGGAGAUUAGAGGUAAUUUUUAUGUUUUCAUCAUAGCAUGCAUUACUUAGUUUGUAAAUAGUUGCAUUUUUCAUGUUCAUUGCAUUUAGGGUGUAUAUACGUGCAUAAAAAAAUUCAAAAAAAAAAAAAAUAAAAUAAAAAAAAAAAAAAAACCCGUUUCUGUUCCGCUGAAAAUGGUUUGUGAAAAAUGAGAAAUGAUAUGAUUUCUGGCAUGUCGAAGCUUAUGCGUGAAAUGGUAACUUUGGGGAAGAAAACAUAGAUAAUUCGGGAUAUGUUGAUAGGCUCGGCCCUAACUUAGGAACGCCAAUGUUGUAUGCAAUAACCUUAAUUGAAUAUAUGUGUUUAGUUUCCCAUCUUAAUGCUUGUGGUCAAAGAUUGAUCCCGACCAAAAAUCGGUUGAGUUGCAUAUCCUCUAUCACACACCAUGUUCUCCAUAUCAUGACACCUCCGUAAUAAAGAGGUGAAAAAUUGACCUCAAAGAGGUGAAAAAUUGACCUCAUAGGUUAUUAUAGUUAAAAAAAAAAAAAAAAAAGAGAAAAAGGAAGGGGUAAAAGAGCACAAUGUAUGCCAAAAAUUUGAAAAAAAAAGUUGAAAUAAAAAAAAAAAAUAUUUGAGCAAAUUAGGGAGAAAAGUCCCGACCCCUUGAAAAACGGAAAAAAAAAGAUAAUAGCUAUCGUGUCAUGGUUUGGAUGCAUGGUCGCAUCAAGUGUGAUUUUGGAUAUCUUCAAAAAGUCGUGAGGUUGGGUAGAUGUUGCCAUAGGUGUUGGGCGUGGGGACGAUUGAACCAUGUUGGUAAAUUUGUAUAUUAUUAAGCAGAAAACAUUUGGUCGUGAUUAAGCGGGUUUGAGUUUAAAGGGACACAAAAUAUCAACAAUCGCGGUUACACGUGUAAGUAUUUCCCGGGUUCGAACGAAUGUAAUAGGAGUUGAUAUUGUUAGAUAUGAUCUCAUUACAAGUUUAUUUUCUGGAAUAAAAGAAGCGGGUUGAAAAAAAUUAAUAGUGAGCAUGCAUAUGUGUAUUAUUUUUCGUGUCUACUUCUCGGUUUAUUCUUGUUCUUGACUUCCUUGAGGACAAGGAAAGGUUUAAGCUUGGGGAGAUUUGUUAGUUGCAUUUUUAGGCAUAUUUUACCACAUUUUAGCGUGCAUAUUUAAUGGCAUUUUAGGCAUUUAUACUAUAGAUAUUGCAUUGUUUUGGGAAAUACGCGUUUUUGUGGAACGGAAUCUACUUUGGACGUUUUAAUGAUUUUGUAGGCAUGGAGAUUGGAGCGGUUGUAAGGAAUGGCAAGAGAUAGUGAAAAGGCUCGUAAAGACUCAAGAAAUAAAUAAAGUAUGGGCUCAAGUAAAAGUGGAUAUGGAUUUUUAGUUGGAUGAUUUACAAGGGCCUGAUCAUUGCAAGAAUAAAAAGAAGUUCAUUUGUUCAUCAAAUGAACUAACUGGAGAUGACAUUGGGCUGAAAUAAACUUCCUAAGUUUGGGCCAAUUGAUGACACCGAUGGGCUGCACAUUGAGUCAUGGACUAGAAAAAAAAUAACAAUCAUCACGAAAAAAAGGGGGGGAUUGGUUUUUGGACGGCUGAAAGUGGAAAAAGAAAAGAAGGGAAUCCAUUUUUUUUGUGGGUGGCUGGCAUUCGAAAUCACAAGGAAAAAGUGGCAUUUUCUCUUUGAUGAAUUUUUUAUAGAACAUCACAGUUUGUUUGAUUUUCGUAAGUUUUAAAUAUUGGAUGUUUUAUUUCAUAUUUGAAUUGAUUGUUCUAACCACCAUGUCUGGCUAGUCUUUUAUAGUUUCAACAUUAGGGUUUGUUUUCUUUGAUUUGGUUCAUAAACUUAUGUGAAACGGUUACGUUUGAUUCAAUUUAUUUUAGUGGUUUGUUUG